AUGACGCAGAAGAUCGACCACUACGAGGCGCGUAUCCGGGCGUGGGCGUUGAUGUUCGAGUUCGAGCCCCGCGUAGGGUUUCUGAAGGAGAAGCUGCACUCCGUCUACACCGUCGUCCGCGCGGUGCUGGGGUCGACCUACCUGCCCAAAGUCCUCGCCUACAUCCUCUCCGCGAGCAACUUCUUGAACGUGGGGAGCCGCUACCAAAACGCGCAGGGGUUUCCCAUCACGCAGAUCAUGAAUAUCGUGAACUUCCGGACCACCGAUGGGAAAGGGGUUCUGCUCGAGUACGUCGUCGCGUCGAUUACUAAAAAGGAGCCGGAGCUGCAUGGGUUUGUGGCGGAGAUUUUGCCGAGCCUCGAGGCCGCGCAGGGGGUGAUUGUCGAGGAUAUCGAGGCCGAGCUCACGUCGCUGCGCACCUGUCUAAAGAGUUGUGGUUCGUUGGUUCACUCCAUCAUGCACGAUCAGCGGUGGACCGCGGUAUUAGGCAAGUUCAUCUGCCACGCCACGCCACUUCUGGAGGAGGUGGAAUGCCUCGCCGGCGACUUGGACGCCAGCAUCCGUCUCUUGCCCGAUUUUUGCUGUGAAAAUAGACAAGAAUUUUCCCUAAAUGAGGUGCUCCGCGUCUUGUGCGUCUUCUGCAAGCGUUGGGAGGAGGAACGGGUACGCCAGGAGGAGAAAGAGCAACGUAUCAUGCGCACUAAGCAUCACGAACGACGCACCGAGACUGGAAACAAUGCGCAGACGGGGUAA